AUGACCGGCGCAGCUCACACGUACGACCAGAUCGUGUGGGGUCCAGGCAAUGCCCAAUCCAUAGCAGAGAACAAGCGACAGGGAAAGAAGUCGUGCACAAAGCCAGCUACUGCAGAGUUGGGCUGUGUUUCACCGCUUUUGAUUGUCCCGGGAGACUGGACCGAUGUGGAGCUAGAGCACGUGGCCGCCCAGAUAGCAGGCACAGUAACCAACAACAACUCCUACAACUGCGUGGCCGGGAAAGUUCUAAUUAUAGACGGCCAAUGGGAUCUCAAGGAUAAGUUCAUUGGCUGUGUGGAGGCGGCUCUCGCCCGCGUGCCCACGCGAAAUCCGUACUACCCUGGCAGCAAGGACCGGUACAGUCAUCUGCAGUCCGCCUAUCAAGAGCGCUUUGAGCCGAUCGACCAGCCCAGUCAAGACAAGGCGCAUCUGCAGGUGGGUCGGGUGAAGGGGCUACUCAACAGUGAAGUGGACAGCGAUUAG